AUGGCUGUCAAGCUUGUUCGUUCCGCGUUUGACACCCCACGCGCGAUGGUAGACACCGUCCUCGGCGGUCUCUACACGGGCUACCUCUUCAGCAAGUCUGACAUCGUACCCAUCCUUGGGCCUGCGCUGUCUAUGAGCAUGGUCCUUGCAGGACCAACGGAUCUGGUCGCGUUCCUGGAGGGAUUUGCCUGGACGGAGCUGCAUCUCAUGGCCUUCGAGACCAAGAACCAGAUCGUCGGUCUGGACGAGGACAAGCUCGCGAAGCCGCACCGGCCCAUCCCCUCCGGACGCAUCAGCCCCGAGGCGACGCAGACGCUCUACCUCUGCCUCAUCGUCGCGUCGCUCCUCAUGAGCGUCCGCCACGGGCUGCUCACCCCCAGUCUCAUCUAUUUUGCCGCCAUCAUCGCGUACAACGAGUUCGGCCUCGCGCGCAACUGGGUCGCCAAGUCCGCGCUGUCGGCUAUUGGCUACAUCUGCUACUGCUGGGGCAUGUCCGUGUGCUUUGACCACGACCGCCCGCUGUCGAGCCUGUCGAUGACCGCCCUUGUGAUGACCGGGCUAAUCUUCGCUACCACGGGCCAGGCGCAGGACUUUCGCGACCGCGAGGGGGACGCGGCUAUCGGGCGCAAGACCCUCGCGCUCAUCCUUCCGCAGGGUGUCGGCCGCUGGUCGCUCGCCGCGCUCCUCUACGCUUGGACGACCGCCCUCGUGUGGUUCUGGCUCCCGCCGGCCGGUUUCAGCCUCCUCCUCUACGUCCUCGCGACCGCCGCUACCUAUCUAUUCGUUACGGAUUACACCGAGGAGUCUGACCGCCGCGCAUACUGGUGGUACAACAUGUGGCUCAUCUCCUGCCACGCGCUGCCGAUUUUCCAUCGCAUUCGCAGCGCGGCCGUGUGA